CUGUCCCAUUCUCUCUCUCCUCGCCUUUCUUUGUCUUCGAUCGGCAUCCUGUCGGCGCCGGAACCCUAACCCUGAUCUUAUUCCUCGGCGGCCUACGCCAUGGGGAGUUCAGGAAAGCUUAUGAACCAGAUCAUGGAGCUCAAGUUCACGGCGAAGAGCCUGCAGCGGCAGGCGCGCAAGUGCGAGAAGGAGGAGAAGUCGGAGAAGCUCAAGGUGAAGAAGGCGAUCGAGAAGGGAAACAUGGACGGCGCUCGGAUCUACGCCCAGAAUGCGAUCCGGAAGCGCACCGAGCAUAUGAACUACCUCCGCCUUGCCUCCCGCCUCGACGCCGUCGUUGCCCGCCUCGAUACCCAGGCCAAGAUGCAAGUCAUCGGUAAGUCCAUGGGAUCCAUCGUCAAGUCCCUUGACGCCGCCCUCGGCACCGGCAACCUCCAGAAGAUGUCCGAGACUAUGGAUCAGUUCGAGCGCCAGUUCGUCAACAUGGAGGUUCAGGCCGAGUUCAUGGAAGGUGCCAUGGCCGGAUCCACCAGCCUUUCCACCCCGGAGACUGAGGUCAACAGCCUCAUGCAGCAGGUCGCCGACGACUACGGCCUCGAGGUCUCCGUCGGCCUGCCGCAGCCGGCCGCACAUGUCAUCUCGGCAAAGGACAACGAGAAGGUGGACGAGGCCGAUCUCUCCAGACGCCUUGCGGAGCUCAAGGCCAGGGGCUAAAGGUUAGAUUGCCAUGUUCGACAAUUGGCAUGUAGGAUACCUAUGCAUCAAGUAUCAAGAUGGCAAGCAGAUUUCGAGGGUCAACCUUUUUUUAUGGAGGUACGGAUUAUAUGAUUGUGGGCACCAGAGAGGUGCUAAUUAUAGCCUGAGCGUAUGAUUCGCUUGAAGUAUGGGUUGUCUUAUUAGUUAUUGCAUUCCAAAGUUGAGAUUAUCAUUGAAAACGCUUUUGAUGGCCUCACAAACUACUUUGAUGAUGUUCAGGUAAAGCAAUUCUUCCACUUCAAAUGUCUUUUUGUGUUGUAAGCUGUUCGAUUUGCAAACAGCCGCCAUCUUUGAUAUAUGCUAAAUUCUAGAAUGGUGGAAAGAAGGGACUACUGUGGUGUUCUGCAGCAGCAUUGUUGCUCUAAAAUUGUUUCUAGUUUUUUCAUCUGAUGGGUUUGUCUUCUUAGUCUCUUUGGCUGCAUGAUUUAACCUGCUGUUGAAAUCGGUGGAACUAAUUCCUGCUCGUAUGACAACUGCACUGGAAGAGGAAGUUUUAUGAUCCUUGAGGUCAAAAUGACCCCUGCUUGUAUGACCCACCAGUCUGUGUGCGGUUUUGAGAGGAGCCACAUCUUGGUUGGUUGUGACUGCUGUAUGUGCAUUGUUCUGUGUGCUUGUAGCAGCAUCUAAUUUUCUUUUAUUUCUUUUCUUCUUUUUUAUUUUAUUUUAAUAGUGUGUGUAUAGGGCACUCUUAGGCUAUAUGAUGAUGUGCAUAUUUUAUACUUAACUAUGAAGAAAAGCAUCUCUUUUUCUUUUCUAGACACACAAGGGAUGCUGAAAGUGUAUGUACUGAAAAAAAAUAUGAAUAUAUCAAAAUUUGUCUGU